AUGACAAUAAUGUGGAGCAUUUAUUCAAUUUUAUUAUUUUUUUCUAGUUUUUUAAUUUUUAUCAAUACAGAAAUUAUUUUAGAUGACAAAAAUAAUAAUACUAAUAAUGGUUAUGGUUUACGACCUGAUUUAUUUAUUAUGGAUUUAGUUAAACAAUUUUUGGAAAAAGAUUUUACAACAACUGUAGAACCACAAAGAAAUACAACAGAAAUGUCAAAUUUAAACAGUAUUAAUAAAAAAAAAGAUAUUGAUAAUAAAACAAAUAAUCUUGAUAAAGAUAAUAUUUUAAAAAUUGUUGAUAAUUCUAAUGAAGAAACAUUAAAUAGUAAUGUUAAAAAGAAUGUUGAUAUAAAUUGUGAACCAUCAGAUGAAAAAUUUUUAUAUACAAAAUUAGAAAAUAUGGGUGGUAGAAAUCAAGGAUUUAUGGCAAAUUCAAUACAAGAGGCAGCAUUACAUUUUUCUGAACUUGUUAAUGAAAAACCAAUAGAUAAUCUAGAGAAAGGAUCACAUAAAAUACAAGAUGAAACAAUAGGAACACAAGGUAUUUCUUCUGUAAAUGAAGAAAUUAUAGAAACUAAACAGGCUCCUAUGCUUAUGUCAGCACCAAUAAAUAUUGAAGGAUCUGGAGGAAGUGAAAUUUAUAAUAAUGAAGAAAUAAAAUUUUCUAACACAAAUGAUCAAUUAAUAUAUAAUGAUUCUAAUUGUGAUAGUAGAUGUCAAAGAUUAAUGAAAGUUUUAACAGAAGCAGUUACUCCAUCUAACAAAUCAUUUCAAUCAAAUUAUUCAACAAGAAUAAAAAGAGAUUAUAGUGAAAUAGAAACAUCAUUUCCAGAUGAUGAUGAGUCAAAUGAAGAAAAGAUAGAAAAUAUUAAAGCUAAACCUACAUCAUAUGAAAAUAUUCCAUGUACACCACAACAAACAAUUUUUGUUGACGAAAGUGAAUGUGUUAAAAGAGGAAAACAAUUAGAUUCUUAUGGUAAUCUUUUUUCAUUAUGCACAGCAUGUUCUGUUGUUUAUGUAAUGCCAAGUCAUUGUUUUCCAAAAUUUUUCAAUGGUGUACAAUGUAAUUCAAAAGACAAUAAAUGUAUUUUUAAUAGAAAUACUCAAGCUGUAUAUGGACAAUGUCUAGGUCAAACAUUAAGUUAUAAAGUUCUCAAAAAUAUAAAAGAUGAUUCAUGUCCACAAUGGAGAGAAGAAACGAUUCAAUUACCAAUUGCAUGUUCUUGUGCUUUAAAGAUGAACUCAUUUAUUACAACAUAA